AUGGGGGCAGGUGGUCCCCCUGGGCGGCCCGGGCCGGCCCCCGACGGCGGCUGGGGCUGGGUGGUGUUGCUCGGCUGCUUCGUGGUGACAGGCUUCUCCUACGCCUUCCCCAAGGCGGUCAGCGUGUACUUCAAGGUGCUCAUGCGAGACUUCGACGUGGGCUACAGCGACACGGCCUGGAUCUCCUCCAUCAUGCUGGCCAUGCUCUAUGGCACAGGGCCCGUGUCUAGUAUCCUGGUGAACCAGUUCGGCUGCCGCCCUGUGAUGCUGGCAGGGGGCCUGCUGGCGUCCUCCGGCAUGAUCCUGGCUUCCUUCACCACCAGCCUGGUGCAGUUAUACCUCACUGCUGGUGUGCUCACAGGCCUGGGCAUGGCUCUCAACUUCCAACCCUCCCUCAUCAUGCUGGGCCUGUACUUUGACCGCCGCAGGCCUCUGGCCAACGGCCUGGCAGCAGCCGGCAGCCCUGUCUUCCUGUCCGCCCUCUCUCCUCUGGGCCAGGUCCUGCUGGAGCACUUCGGCUGGCGAGGGGGCUUCCUCCUGAUGGGGGGGCUCCUCCUUAACUGCUGCACCUGCGGAGCCGUGAUGAGGCCCCUGGAGGGCGGGCCCGGGGCCCGGGGUGGGGCCGCGCCCGAAGAGGAAGCCCGGGAGAUGCUGCCUCUGGAGCGGGGAGAGAAGCUGGCAGGGAGCCCCGGCAGGGAGCCCCGGCGCCAGCGGCAGAAAAAGCGGCUGCUGGACGUGUCCGUCUUCACGGAACGGGGCUUCGUGGUCUAUGCCGUAGCCAAAUUCAUCCUGGUGCUCGGGCUGUUCGUGCCCACCAUCAUGCUGGUCAACUACGCCAAGGACGCCGGCGUGCCCGAUGCCGACGCCGCCUUCCUCCUGUCGGUGAUCGGCUUCGUGGACAUCGUGGCCCGGCCGGCCUGCGGGGCCCUGGCGGGGCUGAGCGGGGUCCGGCCCCACGUGGCCUAUCUCUUCAGUCUGGCCAUGCUGGCCAAUGGGCUGACCGACCUGUGCAGCGCCCAGGCCCGCUCCUACGGCGCCCUGGUGGGCUUCUGCGUGGCCUUCGGCCUCUCCUACGGCAUGGUGGGGGCGCUGCAGUUUGAGGUCCUCAUGGCCACCGUCGGGGCCCAGAGAUUUCCCAGCGCCCUCGGCCUCGUGCUGCUGGUGGAGGCCGUGGCGGUGCUCAUAGGACCGCCGUCAGCCGGUCGCCUGGUAGAUGCCCUCAAGAAUUACGAAAUCAUCUUCUAUCUGGCCGGCUCUGAGGUGCUCCUGUCCGCGCUCUUCCUCGCGAUGGCCACCUACUGCUGUCUGAGGAAGUCUCGAGGCCCGGCGCUAGCCUCCGAGCCUCCCCCCGGAGCCAGGGACUCGGAAGCUGAGAACGACAGCGAGCCUGGCCCCCCAGCUGCUGCGAUGGCUGCCCCCCAGAAUUCUGAAAACCACGUGGCCCCAGAGGCAGAGCAGGCUGAGGAAAAGGAGGAGGAAGAGGGGGAGGAAGAGAGAAAGCCCGUCCUGGGAGGCUCUGCAGAGACUCUUGGCAAAGGAGGAUUCUAGCCGGGCUGAUGUGGGGGAU